UAAACGCCGGAAUAGUUUCUCACAUGGACUCAUACUGUCCAUACUGUUACAGUUAGAGUUAUUACCGAGGGCCAGUGUCACACGUAUGACCAGGAGACAGCGACUGCAGUGAGGCAGCGACGCCGCACUGACCACACACGAGCCGGGGACACUUCACAAGAUAAGGAAGAUUUCCUCGGGAGAAAAGGUAGAGCCCUGAACGCAUCACCGCACAUGACUCGUUGUGUUUCCUUCAGACACUUGUGCUCUCAAAGAAGAGGAAAAGUCACGCUUGUUUUUCCAGAGAAGGAGUGAGCGUUUGUUCUGUUUUAGUGUGUUGUUUUCAAAGGCCAGUCUCUGUGGGUACACACUGUUGUCAUGACAAUACUAGCAAAACCCGGCGCGAGGCACGUUGGGAGGCACAAAAGACACCAGCGUCAGAGUUGAACGGUGCUUUUCUCACGGACUUAAAAUCACCAUGAAAGUUCACGUUUAAAGGCCACUGAACUGUCUUUACUGCGACGUCCAACCGCUGUUGUCAGGACACGUUGGUCAAAGUCUGGAGUCACGGUAGAGGAAGAGGAGGAGAACCAAUCAAACCCUGGGACCACUGAGCUUCCAGGUGCUGGGAUGGACCAGCACAUAAAGUCACUGGAAAGGAAGCUGCAGAGACCCCUACUCGCUAAGUCCCGCACGCUACCCAGCAUCCCCCAGUCACCCACCGUCUCCAGGGUCAACUCCUAUGUCAUUGGUGGAAGUCCUCCCUGCAGGAAGAGCUCGCCCACUGAGACCAAUCACCCAAAGGCUUGCACUCUGCCCCCUGCAGGAGAACUGUGGCGUUUGGAGGAUGACAUGGAAGGUGACGACGAGCCCGGUGGCUGCACAGAGGCGCGGCCUCGCUCCCACUCGCCGUUUGCACACUUCGCCGUGCGAGCCGCCUACCUGCGCAAGAGCGUCUCGGCCGACGACCACCUGGACAUGGGCUCGGACGAAGGCUCGGGAGCAGCAGUGGAGGGCGACGCGGGCAGCAAGGGCAAGCUGAAGAGAAAGUUUAGUCUGGGCUCCGCCGACCGGAAGGAGAAUCAGCGUAAGAAGUUAGAGUCAGGAAUCUCCAAAUUCACGCACCGCCUGUCCCUCAAAGAGCGUCCGGCCAAGACAGAGAAGACGUCCUCAGACAGACAUCCGUCCUACAGGCGGCGAUCUCUAAGUGUGGACUGGGCUGACUCUGCAAAAAUGACACAACCCAUGAGGGGGGACCAGGCCCACCAGCCAGUCCCAGCCCGCAAGACAGCCAGCCUGUCCUCGCCAAGCGCAGCCCGCCGCCUGUACCGCAACUUGUCUGGAAAGUUCCGGGUGGGCACCAACCCCCCGGCCGUGGAGGACAGUGUGGUGUCAGGACGGGGAGGACACAAGGAGAGGCUGCGCAAAACCACCAUCUUCCAGAGUAACGAAGCGUUGUUCGAGGCAGUGGAGCACCAGGAGCUGGACCUGGUACAGCUGCUCCUCUCCCAGUACAGUCUGGAGGAGCUGGACCUCAACACCCCAAACAGUGAGGGUCUUCUGCCGCUCGAUAUCGCCGUCAUGACCAACAAUGUUCCCAUGGCCAAGCUGCUACUGCGAGCCGGUGCCAAGGAGAGUCCUCACUUUGUGAGUCUGGAAGGCAGAGCCGUACAUUUGGCCACCUUGGUGCAGGAGGCUGAGCAGAGGGUGUCAGAGCUUCAGGCCCAGGUGCGGAGCGAGGCUCCCUGUGAGCGGGAAGGAUCUGACCGGGAAAGGCUGCUAAAAGCCUGGGAGUGGAGGCUUCGGCUCUUCCGUCGCAUGCAGCUGGGCUUUGAGCAUGCUAACCCUCCAGACUCUCCCAGUGCAGUUUGCUUGUCUGUCAGCAGCAGCACCAGUCUAACAGUGGACUUCCAGGAACCUCUUUGUGUCAAUUCUGCUGUGGUUACCAAGUACAAAGUGUGUUGGAGUACUGCUCCAUCAUGCAGUCCUUUGCUGGGUGAGACGGUGGUGGAGGACAUCAAUCUGCUCCAGUGCAACAUUACUGCGCUCACCUGUGGGACUUAUUAUUACGUCCAAGUGUCUGCCUACAACAUGAAGGGCUGGGGACCUCCAGUAGUUUCCACACCGGCCUGCGCUGCACCUUCCAGUUGGAGAGACAUCGAUGGUCGUGCUCCGCGACAGAGAGGCCAGAAGGAGACGCUGGACCAGCUGCUGGGACAGAUAAAAGAAUCUCACCGUCACUGCGUCUGCCAUGAACAAUGCAAAGCUCCAGCACAAGGCAGGAAGCACUCGGUGUCCAAAAGCCUGCGGCACCUCUUCCAAGCUACCAACAAGUUUGUUAAAACCUUGAAAAGAGGUCUCUACCUGACGUCCAUAUUCUACAGAGAUGACAACGUGUUGGUGACUCCAGAGGACCAGAUUCCGAUUGUGGAGGUUGAAGAUUCAUACUCCAGUUCACUCAUGCAGGACUUCCUCUGGUUUACCAAGAUGUCCUUUCUGUGGGAGGAGAUUCCCUGGCUGCAGCAGUGUCUUAGCUCCUCCCAGUCUUCUUGUUCCUGUACCCUGCAGACACGCCUCAAGAUGCUGCAGGCUGUCUCCCAUCUGCAGGGAAUGCUUGGAACCCAGGAUCUUGGUCAGGUGUACCUUGAGCCAAUCAAAGACAAGCAUGGCAACGCCCUGCUGGUUCUCCUCAAAGACAUGAAUGCCGGUCCCAACCUGGACGGGGUACGCUGGACACAGCUCAGCAAACUCCAGCUCCAACGGAAGUCCAUCUCAUCCCCUGAGGAGCCCACUGCCUUAGACAUGCUCCUCAUCACACUGCAUGAGAAGCUGGCUUAUCAUAGACGGAGCAAGAAGCUGCUUUCUCCAGGGUUGUACCUGGGCUAUCUGAAGCUGUGUACAUCAGUGGAGCAGAUCAGGGUCCUGGUGCCGCAGAAACUUCCCAACAUCCUCUGUCAUACAAAAAUCCGGGACAACAGCAACGUGUCCAGAGAGGAGUGGCAAUGGCUGCAGGCCCUCAGCUCUCUUGAGGAGUCGUUGGAAAUGGAUCUCGACGUGCAGAGUGCUCCACAUUGCCUCCUACAGGACCUGCGCAACGCCAUCAAGGAGUUGAUGGCACACAUCAACAUCCCUGGGAAUCAGGCACAGGAUUUCCGCAUAUAUAGCCAAGAAGUUUUGGAGUUAGGGGAGAAAGUGUCCUUCUUGCUCCUCCUGCCUCCCUCAGACGAGGUCUGCUCAGCCCCUGGUCAGAACAACCCAUACUCCCCCCGCUCUGGCUUCCUCACCCUGCCCCUGCAAACCUUUGAACUGGUCCACUUUAAUGCCUAUUGCCCGAGUUUCAUAGGCCAGUACUGCAGAGUGUCAGCUUUGCUGGAGCUGGAGGCGCUCGUGUCCCAGCAGGCACUGAGAGAGGCCUUCUCCGAGGCCGAGCUCCUUGUUGCUAAGAAGAAACAUCACGAGGUCCAGGAAUACAUACAGCAAAUGGAGGAGGUGUGGCGGGAUGUGAGGUGGAUAAUGGAUGCCUUGCAGCACGCCCGCUACAAGCAGCCCACAGGAGGCAUUUCCAUAAGCUGGAUCAUUGACUUCUCUAAGGAAGUGCUGCUUGAAAAGCCUCCGUCCACCUCCUCCCAACCAGACUUCAUGCCCUCGCCCAUACCUUCACCUGAACCCUGCCGCAAACACUCAGAUUUUGCUGGACUGUCAGAUGAGGAGGGCUCCUCUGAGGUCUUUCUCACAACUGACAGUGACUAUGACUCCAGUCGAGCCCAGAGCCCGCGAGAACUGGACCUCCUGCCCCCAUCGCCACUUUCCUCCUCCACCCCCAUGGAACCUUGUGGUUACCUACGCAGUGAUGAGAGCAGCUCAGGAGGAGGGACGUGUCUUGGCGGCAGUGGACGUGGAGGGCGGGCACGGAAGGAUUCCACACCAGACGUCCUGCAGGCCUCCGAGCUGCCGCACGGGAGGGAAGGGGAAUGGUGUGGAGGAGGGGGAGGAGUUCGAUGUGGAGGAGAAAGGCGGAGGGGGCCCCCAGAGCUGUUUGACAGUGACUUCAUCCUGCCCAGCAGGCAGAUUGAGCUGUUGCACAUCACAGAGAAGAGACAGGCCUUCUGUGUGAGAACCAGCAGCCUGGAGUUUCCCUCCGCCACCUCAGCGCACCACCAGCCUUACUCCUCCCACACUGCGUACCACUCACCCGCCACUUCGCCACAGCGAAGGUGGCACAGACCCUCGUCAGUGGACCGGUGUUGUUCCGCCGAGCACUGCUCGCCGCGGCGUCCGCCUGCUCGGACAUUAUCUGAGGACAGUGGCACACAGAGACUGUCCUCAUCGUCACCUGCUGCCCUCUGGAAGGAUUGUCAUGCCACGCUCAGAGUGUACCCACAGUAUAACACAGGCCUGCCCAAGGACACCAGUGUUAAGCUUUGUGUGACUCCAGACACGUCAGCACAGGAGAUGGUCCAGUUAGUGGUCCAGGAGAUGAACAUUGUCUCGCGGCGUGUCUUCAGUGGCAGCGGCGAACAGCAUCAGCAGUGCGUCCACUACGGCCACGAACAGCUGAAGCACUUUGGCCUCGUGCUGGUGGUGGACGACAGAGAGAAGUGGCUCCAGGAUGACUUCUGUCCACUGGAGCUCCAAAACCCGUGGCUGAGGGGCAAACUGUGUGUUCGCAUUAAGGAGUAUUCACCACUAGCGCUCCAAAACAGCCGGGCCACCACAGUGUGACACUUGCAUGCAUUUUCUCCACUGAUGAAUGCAUAUUGAAAUUGGAGAAUUGUUACCGUUGUACAAACUCCUUUUCUUGGUGUGUUGUAUGUGUUGUGUUAUAUGACUUUAACUGUAGUUAUAACAUGAUGUAUGUUUUGAAACACGACACCGAGAAUCUGUUUCCAUGAAAUAUUUUCUCCCAUACAUAAGAGUGUGUUUUUUUUUUUUUUAUGAACAUCAGAGACCCUCAUAUGGACACCAAAUGAACAAUAACAAAAUGGAACAAAGAAAAUAGUUUUUGUGCUGUCAGAUAUCGUCGGGGGGAAAAGCUUGUGAUGCUCAGUAAGAUUAAUUGAGCGUCACUUUUGACUUCUGGAAUUAUUGAUGUCGGCACAUUGGACCGUCGGGCACUUUGCCAAACUGAUGUGGGCAGUAUCUUCGGCUCCUCAGGCUCACAUGCUCCUUGUGCCAUUACCAGAGAACUGUCGGCUGCAGCUGUCCAGCCUCAUGUUCCCAGGAUGUGGGCUCUGGACCUGACCCAGAGGGGUGGAAGGAAGGCAGA